AUGGCAUUGUUUAUGAAACAAGAUUUUACACCUCCUCUACUGUCUAGGAGGUGGUUUGCAGUUAAAUUCAGGCCCAAUAUGCUCCUAUACAGUCGCGAGAACAUAAUCCUGAUUCUUGAAAGCGGCCUCCUGUUCCGAGAAGACAGUGUGGAUGUGGAACAAGAGGCUCCGGCUCCUGAGGAUGUUUGGCAGUAUAUUGGAGGCGGGAAGAAUGGGUGGAUGACCAGGGGAGAACGAGUAGCGGGGAUUACUGGUGUCCUUGCUGCGGUUAUGAUGUUUCCGCCGAGAGAUCUACAACGCUCGUCCCUCAUAAAGCUGGCUGUAUACGCGUCCCUGCCGGUGGCGCUCCGCUGGUGUCAUCGCACCCGCUGUAGAGGCUCCCUGCCAGCUCUCCUCUCCAUCAUGAGGGAAUACCUAGCUCUCGCGAGGAGGACGGCCGCCUGCCUCAAGGAGUACGCUGCUCUACAUGCCCAAAUAGGCUCGCUAACUUCAGUGAUAGAGUCCACUCACACUCUACUAUGCCGACAACAGAGCGAACUCUCAGUGUUACUCUCUCGCGCUUCGUCUGCUGUACUGGGGAACGCUCCAUGGCUCCGAGCUGAUGUAGCUUGGGAGGCAGUUCAGAAUCAGACUUGCGAUAAUCUGAUGAAAAUACACCACGCCUUCCUAGUUGUCCAAUCGACCUUUUUAAAGCAUAUAGCGAUGGCACACUACGUACCUCCGGUUUCAGCGCAACGCUCCUACAAGAACCAUAAUGAAAGAAUAUACUGGCUCCAUACAAUCGUUAUACCACAUGCGACCGAACAAUUCCAUAAUAAUUACGAAUCUUUAGAAAGAAUGUAUCGAUUACUCAAAAAUUCAGGUACUAAAGACAAUGAAACUAAAAAAUUAGGCUCAGCUUUUAACACUAAUUGGUUGUAUUCAGAUAUACAUACAGGUAUAGCUAAAUCCUGCCUAGAAUUAAAACUAGCUUUAAAUAAAUCGAACAGUUUAGAUGUUUUUCUUGAUUCCUGCGCUCUUAAUAAGCAGGAAAUCGAUUUAGAAGUCCUUAAUCGAGAUAUUGAUGAUGUAAUCGAUAGUUUAACGAAAUGUCUAAAAACGGUACAAAGUUCCCAAAUGAGGUUGAAGAAAAUUCAAAAUAAGAACGUUAAUGACGUAGAGUAUGACGAUAAAGAGGUUAUGGUGGAAAACGCGGGAAUUUUGAAAAUAGAAGAUAGGGAACCAGAGAGUAAGGAUGAAGUUUUUUAUUUUGUUAAGACUGACGAUGAUGUAAAUGAUGUUCAGCCAGCGGAUGAUCUUACGACGGCGCCGGGGAAGAUAGAAAAAGAAACGAGUAAAAUAGUUUUAAGUGAAUUAAAGAGGAAAUUGGGGAAAAGAGAGGAUGCGAUGAGGGAAAGAGAGAGGCAAGCCCUUGCUAAAACAAUGCCAGAAUUAAAAAACAUACCAGAAUUUCCCCGCCAAAUAAAACCAGAAGAAUUCAUAGAGAGAAAAGGUUUUAUAAGUAAACUAAAGAAUAGACCAGUAAAAAGACCUGGUUUAAGAAUAAAAAUUAAGAAAAAUAAAACUAAAGAUAAGAAAUACAAGUUCAAACUGUCGAAAUACUCUAAAGAGACGGACAUAAGUGGCGUCAUCUAUGAAGCGAACGCGAAACUAAAUGUGAAAAGUAAAAUUUUGACUGUGAAUUUUUUGAACGACUAUUACGUGACGAAAUGGUGUAAAUAUAUCGAGGAAAAUAGGCCUGUCAGUGUGUCAAGUACGUUGUCAGAUUAUAGCGAUAUGGAACAAAGUACAGCCAACAAGAUAAACCCACAACACGAGCUACGGUUUACAAAAAAAGACUUGGAACUAUCACCAUCAACAUCUGACAGUGAAUUCGAUUAUACAAAAGAAAAACAGAACGCCUUACUGCACGACGUCCGUCGCCAUAGAGCCGUUAGAAAAAAGAAUCACCCAAACCAUAGACCGGUCAUAGAUAAUGUAGAUGAGAGUUUGAAGCCCAUAGAGUAUAGAUUUGGGACGGGAAUGGCUAUGGCUUCGGUGUUGCAAGUUAAUAAAUCUUUGCCUCAUUUUAUUCCUGAUGAAGAAGUUUUUAUUGGGGAUGGGCAAGUGUCUGCUGAUAGUGGAAAUGACGAGGAUGCAUAA